CUUCAAUGCGGCUGUAAGACUUUUCCUUCUACAUUUAUUCUAUGUCAGGAAAAACUACCGAUCGCAACAUCAUAACAGUUUCACAUACGAUAUACGUACUUGUAGCUGACAAUUCGACAGUACAGGCUCUAUACGAUAGUUUGCAUAAUCAAGAGCCGACCAUCGCGAACGCCAUGAACCUCCCGUCCUGGCAGACCCUGCGGGAUAUCUUCGACCAGCUGAGGCUAGAAGGAACAAUAAUUGACCCUGAAAGCUUACUUGGUGGUUCUGGCGCACCUGAUGGCCCUCAAAGCUCACCUGAUGGCCCCGAAAGUGAACCAAUGCACGCGGGGAUUAACAGCAACUUUCACGUAGACCACCUCGGUCAAGUUUUGGAAAGAUGGGGCACCAACCACGGCGUAAAUUUACAACUAAUGGUGCAGAUGGGCGACAGGCAAAUCUUACCCAUUGCCACUAUUCUCAACAAUCCAACUCAGAUUUGGAUCUAUAACGAUGACGCUCAGUUCCUAAACCCUGACAUACCCGACAUAGUCAACCACUACGAAGGUAUGAGGCCAGACACGCCUUCCACGGCAGAGAGCCCGAAUGGAAGUGGAACUGAAGUGGAUGUCGACGAACCGCUCUCUCAACACGAAUCAGACAACCCUCAUACCCCAUAGUAACAUCUUGAAUGCGAAUCGGACGGCAACCAUACCCACUCGCAAGAGAGUGAAUUUCCGGGUUAUGUGACGCUUCCGAAAUUUCCGGAGGCCUAUCAUGGUUAUGAAAUAACAAGCUUGGCUGAACUAGUCAAUGAGAAGGAUAAGUUUACAAACAAAAGAUAGUGGGGACACUGCAACCAUUCCACGAAGCACAAUGUGCGACCAGCAAUGACUUACAUGCCAGUCGUAAUGAUAUUGCAGAUCAGACACUUCAUCGGAUAUGAGUUGCAAGGACCUACAAGUG